CUCCAAUAGCUCCAAAGUUUCUUACUUCUCACCUGGUUGAAAUUUUGAAAGACGCAGCUUUGAAGUAGUUCUUAGUUCUUUGAAUGUAGAGAGAGACCACAGGAAUAGAGUAGACGAACACCCUUGUUCUGAAGAUCACGAAAGACAAAUAUGAUGGCAUCUUCAGUAUCGGCUCUUCGUCCUGCAGCGCAGGUUGUCAUGCGCAAAGCAGGACAACGCUUUCUUUCUUCGAUCCGGACAAGCCAUCGAUCAAGCAGAGUUGUAACGAGUUUGGCUACAACUGCAACAAGCAGAACAACGUCAUGCCCUUCUACUUCAGCGAAGGACGCGCCACGAGGUAAACAUCAAGCUCUUGUUGGUAUUGAACGCACACCAUCAGGCGUGGCUGCUUUACCGCGUACGAAUGGUGGGGCGAGUCGACGUGCUUUUUCUUCAUUUAAGGUUUGUGAUGCUAGAUCUACAGGUUUGUAUUGUGGUAAGUCGGUGGAAUUCUUGCUACUAAGCCCAGGAGGCAGCACUCGUAGCGACGUCUAUCUCAAAGAGCACAAAGAUCGAGGAAAAUUAUAUCUUCGAUGCUAGAAAACUACAGGUUUGUAUUGUGGUAAGUCGGUGGAAUCCUUGCUACUAAACCCGGUUUGCUCACCAGCACACUCACGGACACUCCCUUCUCUAAUCUGCCCUCCGCCGACUCUUCACUCGUGUACACGGAUGACAGAUACAAGUCUGAUGGUGUAGCACUCUGCGUGUUGAACCGACCGAAAGCCUUGAACGCGCUGAGCGACUCGCUUGUGGGAGCACUAAUCUCUGAACUAAAAGCACUUGAUGGCGAUGACUCUGUUCGCUGCAUUGUGCUAACAGGGCAUCUCACAUUGCCCGAUGGAACAGAAGUUGGGACUCCGAAAGCCUUCGCGGCAGGUGCCGAUAUCAAGUUAUGUGGAGAGGGAAGAAGAAAGAGAACGAAAAGUCCGAAACAGCUCAAUGAAUCCCUUUGUUUCGAUGAUGAUCUUUAGUACUUCUACCUCCUAAACCUAAACGAACAAUCUUUAGUACUUCUACCUCCUAAACCUAAACGAACAAUCUUUAGUACUUCUACCUCCUAAACCUAAACGAACAAUCUUUAGUACUUCUACCUCCUAAACCUAAACGAACAAUCUUUAGUACUUCUACCUCCUAAACCUAAACGAACAAUCUUUAGUACUUCUACCUCCUAAACCUAAACGAACAAUCUUUAGUACUUCUACCUCCUAAACCUAAACGAACAAUCUUUAGUACUUCUACCUCCUAAACCUAAACGAACAAUCUCUAGUACUUCUACCUCCGAAACGAACAGGAACAGCUGCGAGAAGCUACUACCUUCAUUCAAAUCGUUCAUCUAACCUCCCAAAUGAACGAAAAGACUUUCGCGGAAGUGCAUAAGGGAGAUAUGUUGGCAUUCUGGAAUGGGGUAAAGGAGAUCCGGAAACCGGUUAUUGCAGCCGUGAACGGCUUCGCGCUCGGAGGCGGCUGCGAACUAGCGAUGGCCUGUGAUAUCAUCGUGGCCUCUGAAGUUGCAAAGUUCGGGCAGCCGGAGAUUAAGCUUAUGAUUGAAAAUAAAAAUCAAUUGGAGCUGUAGUCCCUAAUUAAAGAACUUAUAGAUACCCCAUGAGUGAUAGGGUCGCCAUCUAUCUAUCUAUCUAUCUAUCUAUCUAUCUUGCUUGUUGGAGUACAUCUAUCUAUCUAUCUUGCUUGUUGGAGGUUAUUGGUUCAUGGUCAACAUUUUGCAAAAAGUCACAAUCCAUAAUCGUGUAGUGCCUCUGAAGUUGCAAAGUUCGGGCAGCCGGAGAUUAAGCUUAUGAUCCAGGAUUGAACUAAAAACGCAGUGUAUCGCCAAGGAUAAUGCAUCAUCAUCCGCCAUUGGCACCAUAAAUUGAACAAAUUUGAUUUUCCCAACUUGUUGUGGCUCCACUUCUAAUCUUGUAGGCACAAUUCCCGGAUGUGGUGGGAGUCAGCGUCUCACUCACGCCGUGGGCAAAAGUAAAGCCAUGUGGUGGAUGCUAAGUGGAGAGACGUAGAUUUGAAAUCCACUUUUUAUUCUGACCUGACAACGAAGAGGAUGUUGACUUCAGCUAGGUAGCACCAGUACCAGUUCCACACCGGUGAUUCAGAAACAAGACUAAACUAUGUUAGAGAUCUUCACUUCCUCUAGCACUUCGACUUGUAAUUGUACAUUGUGAAAUUGUUCCGAAGUCUGCUCGGUGUCGGUCUAUUCGAUUUCGAUUCCUCUCCUAGGUUUUCUGCAUCCGAAGCCGAACGGUCAGGCCUAGUGGCCAAAGUCUUCGGCACGAAUGACGAGCUACUAACAGGCGCGGUUGAGAUGGCGAAAAAGAUCGCAGCCUAUUCUUCACCUGUGCUUCAGAUGUUAAGGCGAUCAUUGUUCUGCGUGUGACUGGGUGGACCGUGGACGCCAAUACGCAUGACUCGACAUCAUCAUGUUUAAUACAGUCUUCAGGCCAAAAAAUCCAAAAUGAUCCUUUUUCUCUCAUUUAUACUUAGUUUAUAGUACUAGUACGUAGCUCGUCUUCUAGUAAAACCUCCUACUACACCCUCUUCUCCUCACCAACAUGAUCAUACUCCUCCUACUACAACCUCUAAUCUCCGUCAAAGACGUGGUGAAUCAAAGUCAGAAUUUGCCACUGGACCAGGGCUUACUGUUCGAACGGCGCGUUUUCCACUCUACCUGGGGAUUGGAGGACCGCAAGGAAGGCAUGACCGCCUUCGCCGAAAAGAGACAGGCUGAUUUCAAACAUCAGUAG